GUCAUUUACAGGAAGUGUGCAAUCCAGCCAUGUUCCUGGAAAGUGAAACUAACUUGCACUGCUCUUGUUUUCCAGAAAGAGGAAACCAUGGCCGGUGUCUCCGGAGGUUCUGUGCAGGACUUGUGCGAGGAAGCCACUUGCUCAGUUUGCCUGGACUAUUUCAGGGAUCCGGUGACCCUCGCCGAGUGUGGGCACAACUUCUGCCGGGCCUGCCUGGGCCGCUGGUGGGGGGACUCGGAGAAAGAGGCCUUCUGCCCCCAGUGCAGGCUCACCCUCCAGAGCAGGGAUGUCAUCCCCAACCGGCCGCUGGCCAACUUUGUGGAAAUCACCAAGAAACUCAGCCUUCAGGGGCCCAGGGGGGCAGGGGCAAUGGGGGGAGUGUGUGGGGAGCACCAGGAGCCCUUCAAGUUCUUCUGCAAGGAGCACCAGAGGCCCAUCUGCGUGGUCUGCGACCGGGCCAAGGAGCACCGAGAGCACACGGUCAUUCCUCUGCAGGAGGCUGCCCAGGAAUACCAGGAUCAAAUCUGCAAUUGCCUGAAGAAUCUGAAAGAGGACAAAGAGAAAUUUCUGGCAUCAAAAGCAGCCAUAGAAAAAGAGAGCCAAGAUCUGCUUAAUGAAACAGAAGUAGAGAGGGAAAAAGUAAUGUCUGCGUUCAGAGAGUUGCAUCACUUUCUGGAAGAUCAGGAGAAGCGUCUGCUGGUCCAGAUGGAAGAGAUAGAGAAAGAAAUUAUAAGAAAAAGGAAGGAGCAUCUAGCCAGGUUUUCCAGGGAAAUCUCAUUCCUUGGGAGUCUCAUCCAAGAGAUGGAGGAGAAACUUCAUCAGGAGGCUAGUGAAUCCCUGCGGGAUAUUGGAAGGAUCUUGAAGAAAACUGAGAAGAGAGGGACAUUUUGUAGUGUUGUGUUCAUCCCAUCUGCAAUGAAACUGAAGAUCUCAAAUAUGCGUGAUAUGAACCCCUUUCUAGAGGGUGCCCUGAAGAAAUUUGAAGACCUCUUUCUAGAAAGAAAAAAGAUGGAAGAAGUAGCAGGAAACAUGGCAGAGUUUCGGUCUGAAAGCACUGGCAUCAGGGCCCAGCGUCAAUUUCCAAGAAGAUGGGAAGAUGUCCUCUUAUCUGGGCCUCCACCAAAGAAAGUGAAUGUUACUCUUGAUCGAGACACAGCUUUCCCUCGACUCGUCUUGUCUGAAGACCUUAAAUGUGUAAGAUGGGACAAGAAGUAUCAAGACCUGCCGGAGAAUCCUGGCAGAUUUAACCUGUCUUCCUUUGUGCUGGGGCGUGAGGAAUUCUCUGCAGGCAGAUAUUUCUGGGAUGUUUCUGUAGGAAGUGAGGAACGUUGGGCUGUGGGAGUUGCCAGAAAGUCUGUAAGGAGAAAAGGUCCUGUAAUUAUUAGUCCUGGAAGCGGGAUAUGUGCGGUGGAAAAGUCAGAAGGUGAGUAUAAGGCCUGCAUCCCACCUGACAAUCCUCUCCUGAACCUGAAUGAGAAGUUGAGGAAGAUCCGAGUGUUUCUGAGCUGUGCGGAAAACCAGGUUGCCUUUUAUAAUGCGGACACAGGAGACUUUCUCUUUGAGUUCGUUGGAAUGUGUUUUGGAGGACAGCCCAUUCUGCCCUUUUUUCGGGUGUUCCUAGAAGGCCACCUCAGAAUCUCUUCUUAAGGCCGACAAGUUGCCAUCAUGAGCCUUCAUCUCUGAAGCAAGCUGAUUAACCCAAAAGCCAAGGAUUUGUUGGAGAAGUUUCCCUUUUCCCUUUAGGGAAUUCGUAUUUUUCAGUGUGAUAUGAAAACUAAAACAGUUAGGAAUUAGCCUUCGUUGAGUAAAGCAGCCAAACAAGUGUGCCUCAGUUACUCUAUGGUGCUUUCCUAAGUUCUUUCGUGACUCCUAAAACAAACAAGGUUUGCAGCUUUAGGUCACAAAUUAAAAGAGUUUACAAAUUUCUUUGUAUUUACAUGUGUAUGAGGAACCCACAUAGUAACUAAUUGAUGAAAGAAGUAGUUUUCCUUUCACUAAAGUCUUCCCUUUUAACACAUUUCUUUUUGAUUGGGUAGCAAAACAUGGCUGGAUAGUAGGGGAGGAUCAGAGAAAGAGAACAUUUCCUCUCCCAUGCCCCCAGACAGACCUAUCCUUGUACACUCAUUGAGAUGGCUAGCACCUUAAAGCACCCAUUGUUUAUCUGGACUUACACCAUUGUAUCCACCGGAGUCUGAAUAUUAAACGCAUUAUCGAUUUGUCACACCACAUUCUUUUCUGAUGGCACCCCUCACACGUGAAUCAAUAAAUUGACAGACUCUUCAAAAUAACCAAUGACAGUUUAUUAAAGUUUUCCCCCAGUCAGUACUACCAGCAAUGACAUUGGAUGGAAUCCUGGACCAGUCAAGGAACAGUUCCUAGCCAGACAGUUUGUGAAUCAGCGCAUAGACUUGAAUAACUGUCAAAAUAUAAUAAAUAUGCUCCUUAUUCACAAUUGCAGUAUGUCAGUCUUUGGAAUGCAUUUUCCACUGACAUCCUCUCUGCCCAUUGAGAAUAAGGCCUUGAUUUUUCCUUUGAGCUAUCUAUGUCUCAUUCGGCCUUCUGAGAAGCUAGACACACCAGGCCCCUGAACGUGCAGUUCUUUCAGAAGCUGAAAUCACACAACAUACCAAAAUGUAAAGAUAUAUCACUGUAUAGUAAAGUUAGUAUUGUCUGUGCCAUCAUAUGCGAUUUUAAUUGAUGUUUUAAUAUGUUUUGAAUGGUUGGUUUUUAAUGCUUCUAUUUACCAAUGUAUUUUAUAUGCAGCAUCCAGUUGUUGCCUUUGUAAGGCUGCCCUGAGUCCCCUUCGGGGUUGAGAAGGGCAGAAUAUAAGCGUGGUAAAUAAAGCUGGAUGGUGAAGAAAGCUGAUCAGAAGAAAUUUGAACUGUAGUGUGGGAGAAGAAUUCUGCAUAAACCGUGGACUCCAAUGGAGCCCGAUUUCUAAAUUGUUUUGCAUCAUGGAACUACUUUUCAUGAUUUGUUAAAAAAAAAAUUCAACCCCCCCCCCCCCCUUCCGAAAUUUGUUUCUGGUUAUGGCCCUGUCAGCAUGAGUACAGAAUGCUAACCAUGGGAAUACACUGGAGGAACUAAAGAACCCUAGAGAGAACAUUUUAAUGAAAUCCAUGAAAAAUCAAAUACACAAAAGUCAAACUUGCAUAUGUGGAGGGAUGACCGUAAUGUCAUGGGCAGUGAGUGAGGCGACCUUCCAUCCUUAUGGGUUGGUUCUCCCUGUUCUCCUUCCCCAAUACUCAUGCAUUAUAACACCAGUGACCAUGAAAAGUCAUGGGCUCUGCUUCUGCCCUUCUGUCCUUCUCUCCUUUGCUGCCCAGGAAUCCAAUUAAUUCCUAUACUUGCUGAUAGGAUAAUAAUAAUAAUAAUAAUAAUAAUAAUAAUAAUAAUAAUAAUAAUACAGUAUUUAUAUUCCACCCUUCUCACCCCGAAGGGGACUCGGGGCGGAUCACAUUAUGUACAUAUAGGGCAAACAUUCAAUGCCCAUAAACACAUCGAACCGAGACAGAGACAACAGACAGACAGACGCAGAGGCAAUUUUAACCUUCUCCUGAGGGGAUGUUUGAUUCUGGCCACCGGGGGGAGCAGCUGCUUCAUCAUCCACUCUGAUGGCAUUUCCUCACUUCCUCAUUCCAACAUUGUAAAUUAGUUAAACUUGCCUCCCCACUUUUAUAAGUGGUACCUUAUUUCCUACUUGAUAGAUGCAACUAUCUUUCGGGUUGCUAGGUCAGCAACAAGCAUGGGCUAUAUUUUAUUUUUAAUUGACGGGUGCCCACCCCACCACAGGCUGGCCUCAAACUCAUGACCUCAUGGUCAGAGUGAUUUAUUGCAGCAGCUGUUUACCAGCCUGCGCCACAGCACGGCCCCUCCCUUUCCAAUCUGAUUCUGCUGCAGUUGUUCCCACUUGCCCUGCUACUGUUUUGAAAAUCUUUCUUUGCAGUCCUCUGUGGAUUUGAAAGCUGAGGUGGAUUUCAUUUCAAGUGAUUGAGCCAAUAAAUGAUCCAAUAUUU